AUGGAUCUAACUAAGGAUAUAUAUCAUCACAAUCAUGCUCCAGAAGCAAGCAAACCUGAAGCUUUGAAAGCUUGUAUUCGAAUGAAGGAGUUGGCUAAAAUUAGCAACGAUCAACCUGCACAAAUCAUUAGUAAUGUUAUCGCUGCAACAUCGCGUGAAAUACAACUGUGUUUACCACGAAAAGAUGCUUUAAGACAACAAAUCAAAAGAGCAAAACGUGUUUGCGACGAAGAAGUUGAACCGAUGUACAUUACCAGAUGCAUACUCUAUUACACUCAGUGGAAUGCCAUUCACGCUCCUGCUGGUGGAAAUGUUAAUUUCCGAAUAACUCCCUUGGUUUACGCACUAAUGAGUAAGAAAACUGAAGAAUUAUAUCCGAGAUUAUUUCAGGAACUCAAUGAAUUGGCAGACGAAAAUGAAUUGGAAUUAAAACCAGACUUCGUGCUAACUGAUUUUGAAAAAGGUUCAAUCAACGCAGUAAAAUGA